UCUUCUGUUGGCAGUUUCUGCGCUCGGUUUCUGAAGAAGGCACGAUGUAAACACCUGUAAAUUCACACAUGGAUUUUCAAUUAUGGUCGUUGUUUUCGCGAAAAUCUUCGCUCUGCUUUGUGUUUUGCUUCUUUAUGGGAUUUUGCUGUCAACUCAAGCAGAGAGACACUCGCUGUAUUUCAUUUACACGGGCUUGUCUAAACCUGUGGAUCUGCCGGGCAUCUAUGAAUUCACUGCUAUGGGUCUGCUGGACGACAGACAGAUCGACUAUUACGAUAGUGAACUAAAGAGAACGAUUCCCACACAGUACUGGAUAAAAGAGAAAAUGCAGGAGGAUUACUGGGAAAAAGGCACUCAGUCCAGAAAGAGUAAAGAACAGUGGUUUAAUGUGAACGUUCACAUUAUGAUGAACCGCAUGAAUCAAAGUGAAUCAGAUCUUCAUGUUCUUCAGUGGAGAGUUGGUUGUGAAAUUAGGCAGCAAGGAAAUGAAUUGAACUUUGAAUUGAGAAGCAUUUAUGAGUUCAGUUAUGAUGGAGAGGACUUCUUGGCUUUCGAUGAUAGAGAGGCUCAAUGGGUCGCUUCAGUUGAUGCAGCUCUACCAACCAAGAGAAAAUGGGACAAUGUGCCGAUCCUAAACCAAUACAUCAAAGAAUACCUGGAGAAAGAGUGUGUGAACUGGCUCAACAAAUUCAGAGGAUAUGCAGACGAGGAGCUCAGAAACACCUCUCCUCCAGAUGUUCAUAUGUUUGCAAAAAAGUCUAUCAGGGACAAAACCAGGCUGAAAUUCACCUGUAUGGUCACUGGCUUCUACCCCAAAGACCUGAUAAUGAACAUUAGGAAAUAUCGCACAUCUCUGCCUGAAGAUGAGACUGAAUCCUCAGGAAUCAGACCAAACCAUGAUGGAACCUUCCAGAUGAGGAAGAGUGUGGAGAUCAAAGAAGAUGAAAACGUAGAAUAUGAUUGUUUUGUGACCCACAGAACCCUCAAAGAACCAAUUAUCACUAAAUAUGACGGAAAAUGCCGGGACUGCUCUCCAGAGACUUACUCAUUUUUGAUUGGAGCAGUGAUUGGAGUUGUGCUUGUGCUGGCAGUUGUUGCUGUAGUGGUUUACAUUGUAAAAAAGAAAAAGAUUAUUGAACGAGACACUAGUACUGGAGAUGAUAAAAAUGUGUGGGAACUUAAGGAACUUAAACACGACUCAGGACAAUACACUAGAAGUGAGCCAGAAAAGGAUGUUAGCUAACUGUCCACUGACUUCGCUCGCAAAGUGACGGAAGAACCAAUAAAUCACUACAACAACACAUAUUCAGAGGAAGCUAUAUAAAGAAGAUUUGCGGUUGUUGUGAAUACUUCUAAGUCACAACAUUUGAAUGGGUUGCUUGAAAAUAGUUGAAUAGUAUUCUCUCUCUUUCUUUCUCAAAUGUUAUAUAAUGUGGAUGUUUUGAGGCAUUUUGCUCAAGCGAUUGUUGUUUUUUAUUAUUUUUAUUCCAAGUUCCAAGAGCUGUUUUUUCAUUCUUCAUCUAUUUCUACCUCUAAAGGGUCAGACUGACACAUUUGCAGUGAUAAUUAAAAAAAUAAUUAUCCUGUAUUCUCUAUAAAAUAUCUAUCUUAUGUUCUCCUUAAUGUCCUGUGGGAUAUUUUAAUGUACUGAUUAUUGUAACCUACAUUUGUUGAUUGGUUUUGUUCUUUCACACUGACUUAAUUUCUUUAUAUAUUUAUGCAGGGAAUGGAUUAAUGGUGUAAAUGAAUGUCUAUCUGUUAUUCAUGUUGGAUCCAUUUAUUUAUAAAUUACACUAUUCUGUGUUGUACUGCUUUCACCUUUUUUAAGACAAAAAAAAAAAAUGUAUUUUGUACUGUUUCACUAGGGGUUUUAAAGGAUUAG